AUGGUGAACUCAGCCGCGAUCGACACCACACAUCCUCGUCUGUGCGGCUCUGAAGUCAGUGCAGAGCACCAGGCUGCACUGGAGGAUGAUUUCAAGGCUAACAAGAUCCUAGCUUCCGCUAGGCUUGGCCCGUCUGACCCACUCAACGUCUACUUCCAUGUCAUCUCCAGGGAUGAAAGUAGGGCUGGCGGUCACAUCGACGAUGUGACCAUUCAGGAACAGAUGGAGGUCCUGAACACAGCAUUCCAACCAAGUGGUGUACAGUUCCGUCUUGUGAAGGUGACCAGAAAUGUCAACCCCACUUGGUUCUCCAGGGCAGCACCUCGCACCAGGGAACAAGCCGAGAUGAAGAACCAGCUCAGAGAAGGAGGUCCUGCUGAUCUAAAUAUCUACACCGUUGGAUUCGAAUCUGGUUCUGGCGCUGGUCUCCUCGGCUACACGGCGAACAAAGUCCUGUCGAAUUUGAUCGUCGGAACUAGGUUGGAGCCAACCUGGAGCCAGCAUGAUAUUUGGGUGGUGACAGCUAAGGUCCAGUACGCGACCUUCCCCGCUGAUUAUCAGGGAGCCCCCAAAGACGACGGUGUCGUUGUUGUUCAUUCUUCCCUCCCUGGAGGAUCCAUGACCAACUUCAAUCUCGGUCAGACUCUCACUCACGAGGUGGGUCACUGGGUUGGCUUGUAUCACACAUUCCAAGGUGGAUGCUCUGGAGUCGGUGAUCAAGUUGACGACACACCAGCAGAGGCAACUCCUGCCAAUGGAUGCCCUAUUGGAUGUGAUACUUGCCCAGGCGGAGGACCUGACCCAGUCCAGAACUACAUGGACUAUUCUUAUGAUAGUUGCAUGACUGGAUUCUCCCAAGGUCAGAUCACGCGACUUCAAGACCAACUCGCCACCUACAGGCUUACGGGAAAUGGGACUGAUCAUGAACCUCACGUACCAGAGGAACCUACCUCUCCUGGCCUCCCCGUUCCUACAGACGCUACGCCCACCGACCUGCCAGAACCCACUGACCCUCUUCCAGAGGUCCCUGGCAUCCCCUUACCAUUCCCGACCGGAGAGAACCCUUGA